UGAGUCUCCGGAAGUGGCGUACCCAGGCGAGACUAACAGCAACACUAGAAAAUAACGUGAACUGGAACGUGAGUGUUAUGAACAGACAACGUAACAUAAAGGCAGGGACGCUUGUGCCUGUCACUGCCCCGUCCCUGGAAGAGUGUGUAAUUUUAACCAAGAAGGAGGACCACAGAACGUUUGUCACAGACCCUGUGCUUCUAACAGAAGACUAACGCUAAGUGCAGGUGCUGGUCCUGGGGGGGCCGGCCGGAUCGCGCACGCCGUCCCAUGGGAAUACAGUGGUCCCACAGAGACUGCAGCCUCCUGUCCCUCCCGGAGACCGAGGGUAGGAGGCGGCGGGGGAGCGACCCGGGAGACGACGACUCCCUGGACGGCCGGCAAGAGGACAUCGCGCGGUUCCCGUACGUGGAGUUCACUGGCAGGGACAGCAUUACCUGCCCCACCUGUCAGGGCACCGGCAGAAUCCCUUUGGGUCAGGUGAACGAGCUGGUGGCACUGAUUCCCUACAGUGAUCAGAGGCUGCAGCCCCAGAGAACGAAGCUGUAUGUGGUCUUGUCCGUGGUGCUGUGCCUCCUGGCCUCUUCGCUGGUCACCUUCUUUGUGUUCCCGCGCUCCGUGUUGAUAGAGGACGAUGGGAUACGCACGGUGACCGUGCGCUUCGACCGAAACAACAGCAAAGUCCUCAUCAACAUGACCAGCACCUUGAACAUCAGCAACUCCAACUUCUUCACAGCGCUGGUGGACAGUGUGAGCUGCCAGGUGCUGUACAUGAAGACGGUCAUCGGCACACAGCAGCUGGAUAACGUCAUCACCAUCCAGCCCCUCAGCCAGAGACAGAUGAACUUCACCGUGAGCAUGGAGAUCAGCGGGAGCCUGUCCUAUGUUUACGCAUUCUGCACCAUGGCCAGCAUCAAAGUGCACAACAUCGUGGUCUUCAUGCAGACCUCAGUAAAGACUUCGUACAUGGUGCGCAUGGGGCAGAACACCCUGGAGGCGUACCGCUACAUCGACUGUGGGGCCAACUACACUGUCCACGGGGCCGCUGGGCCCUGGCUGCACUGACCCCCGACCCCUGAGCCUCCAAAGCAUUCUGGGAGCCGGGGACCGCUCUGUGUGACGGACAGGGAAGCAGAGGGGGCGGAAGCACUCCCAUUCCAGCCUCUCUUUCGCUUGUUUUACAGGCUGGAAACCAAGGGCUGGGCCUGCUGCACUUAGAAACCCACGCAGCAGCAAAUCUUUUCUCUUUUUUUUGCAUUGUAAUAGGGGGCUAAAUUUGACCACCUCCCAGACUGCAAAAAACCCUCUUCUCUCAGGCCUGCUCCUCCUCUCUCUCGUGCUCUGCUCCGGAUCUGACCCUAGGCUAAGUGCUUAUUGCUGACUGGUAGAUGUAGCUGCUCUGUGUGUUUUAGCCUUCAAGCUUCUAACAGCUUUUUUUUUGGGAGAAGAUUUGGUUCUCUGUGUGGAGGGUAAUGAUCAUGAGAGGGAUUUGCACAUCUUAGAAAGGGUACUGUUUUUUCUUUGGGAAAAUGAGUUGUGUGGCAUUAUUUUGUAUAAAAUAGGGCAAUGGUUAUUUUUGGAUUAGAACUUUUUUUUUUUUUUUUUUUUUUUAGAUUAGAGCGGAACACGGGUGCACAUUAGUCUAUGUGGGGAAUUCUAAUUAGUUUAAUUAAGUGACUAUUUUCUGUCAGUUUCCAGCAAAUUAACAGACUAAUAUAUAUUUCUAAUAUGAGGGGCAGGUGAAGAUGUUGUUUCAGGCAAACGAUCAUGUGCUUCUAUUUAUUGUGAUGGAAAAGUUCUCGUAUGCUUCCUACAUCACCCUAAUGACCACACCCACAGAGAGGCCGUCUCAUUUAGGCUUCCUUUGAGGGAUUGGACAUCAGUAAUGGUCAUGCCUCAGUUUCUGUUCAAUCAAACCGCAAUGCUCUUUGUCCAUAACAAAUCGAAUAUAUUCAAAUUUGUCUUGCCUUCUACAGAGCAUUUUGAGUUCAGCUUUCACUCAUACUGAUGAGAAAGUUGGAUAAUGAAAACUGCUGCACAAGGACACAUUUACACCUUUCUGAAAAGAACAAAGUGCAUUGUGGGUAAAUUGAACUGAAAGAUGAUUAACAAAUAUGUGGUUUAGGAGCUGUGUUGGAAAAAGCCUGUGUGUUAAAAUAUGGACUAUAAAAUAUAAGGCAUGCAUUUUAAAUGACCACAGAAGUAUGUAAAUGAACUUCCAUAUGUAAUUUGUAUGUGCUGUACAAUAGUUUACAGUGUACCAAGUACUUUAAGUAUGGGACUGUAUGCAAACAGUUACGUAUAGGCAGUAAUUAAUAUGUUCAGGUAAUUAGCAUUUUCACAUAAAUCACAAAACGGGAACCUUACAUUUUAAUUUCAUUUUUUAAUAUUAAUAAAUGUUGCUAAUUUUGUGAAGGAGCACCCAUUUCAGGUCAGCAAUUAAGACCGUUCUAAUGGGGGGGAGAAGGGAAGAGAAAUUCGACAGCAGUCGGCAGGACUACCAUAUCCGGUGUAAACGUUAAAGGGAACAAAACUGAAGUCCAGAUUUCAAACACUGGUACAGAGGCUUUUCUCAUGGGGAGCGUUUUGAAUGCGAUCACUCCUACCCUGAGCCUGUUUUCAGACUGGGGUAAUCUUGUGCCAUAUUUGUAAAUUCUUCUCUCUCCUUUUAGAACUGCUUAAGCAAGUGGCAGUAAGGAAUACAUUUGCUGCGGUUCACACGUCCUCUGUGUUGUGAAUGGGUUGGGGGGAAACCUGAACUUGGAUUGCAAUCUAGUUAUCAAAGUGUAAGGUGGAAUUUUGCACUGCAGUGUCUCUACAGCCUUAACCCGUGAUUGUAGCCAAGCCCCCUUUCAGCAGAUCGAUGGUGAUUGGCUGUGACCCAUCUCUUGCCCCGCCCACUCUGCACCUCCAAUCAGACCAGGCCCCUCGGGUCGUUUGCACAGCUAAGUAACAUCGCGCAAAUGGAGGAGCGGAGGAGGCAAAGACUCGGUCCACUUUGGGGAAGGUCCGAAAAACUGGCUACGCACCUGCACGGCGUGGGCAGCAGGGGGCGACAAGCUAAGGCUGCUAGUCUGAAGACAGCAGAGACAGGCUGGAAACCCUUGUGUCACUGGCAUGCCUCCGUCACCAUUAACUGCUACACUGAAACUGUGAAUUCCCUAACUGCACACUUUCCUAACCCAGCCAAUAAUGGCGAUGGGGGCGUGGCCCUGAAGCAGAAGUCUGCGAUUGAGCUUGAACCGCAUACUAAAACUUGCACCCACCAAAUGUAUUGUUUUAAGACCAGCUGAAGUGUAAUUGGUGAACGUUUUUAUUGUCUUUAAUUCUGUGCAUGAUUUGGACUGAUUUGUUUAUUUGAAAGUGAGGUCACUUAGCGUUUCAGCUUUCGGACUGUUCUCUACCAGAGCUGGCCAGCUCGGUCUGAAUCCACUCAGCAAUAUCUAACAAGGCCGUAUCCAAAAGGUCAUUUCAUUCAGCAGAAUGAGGUUCCUGCAACUCCAUAGUCUGUAAUCAGCUCAGCCUGAAAUGAACAAAGCGAACCGUCUUGUUCACUAGUAUUAAUUGAUUUGGCGUUAUCUGUUAGCUUGGAUAGGCCGUUAGACCAUUGGCUGAGGGGCUCUACUGCGCUGCCCUGACUCUCGUGUUAUUAGACCUGAAGUUAAAUGCAUUGUUCUCGACUGACAUUUUUGUUUGCUUGCACAGGAUUGGAUGUGGGAGUAGGUUGCUGUAUUUAAUGCGAAAACGUUUAAAAAAAAAACAAAAAAAA